CAGCAGAUAUCCUGACGGGGAUUUGGGGUCUGUCUCCCUUUGAUGUAUGGGGGAGGCCAGUGAAGUUGUUCAAACCAUGCCAAUCGUGUGCAAUUCGCUCAGUCUCGAUCGGUGUAGCAUGCGUGGUGGAGCUGUCGUUGUCCAGCGAAUACUUGAAUUACCGUCGUUUCGGGUUCCAGUCGAAGUGCGUUGGUGAAGCUGCUGCAGGUUGUGCGCUCAAGUUUUGCUGGGUUGCCAUGGAUUUCGACUCAAUACUGGAUAUGUGCGAUGGGUUCGGUGCGUACCAGAAGAUCAUCAUCGGGGUGCUGCUGUUUCCCGCCACGUUUCCGUGCGCUUUUCACGCUUACAGCCAAUUAUUUUUAGCAGCAAAGCCGAACCACUGGUGCAAAGUGCCACAAUUCGACGGGUUUGACAACCAUUUAGCGGAUCUACUGAAAAAUAUUAGCAUACCCCAGCUACCAUACUCGGACGGUACGACCGGGUACUCCAAAUGUUCCAUGUAUUUGCGCAACUAUUCCGAAAUUGCCAGUCACUUACGUUCGGCGGCUGGAAAUGUGUCCUUGGAGCAGUUGUCACCCCCGAACGGUAUCACCAGCUGCCGGCACGGCUGGUCCUACGAUCAAUCCAUCUUCAACUCAACCGUAGUAACGGAUUGGAAUUUGGUAUGUGAUCGAGACUUUGACACUACGACGGCAUUGAUGGUGUUCGGUGUUGCCGGUUUGAUCGGUAAUCUCGGCUUCGGGUACAUGCAGGACUACUGGGGACGGAAGCUUUCCUUCUUCCUUUGCCUGGUGGUGCAGGUAACGGCCGGUGCAGUUGGUGCAGCCAUGUGGAGCUACGGAUCGUGGUUGGUGACGCGCAUCGUCGUGGGACUAACCGUACCGGCAAUCCUGUCGAGUCCUUACAUGUUGGCGAUCGAGCUAGUCGAACCAAAGCGUCGCAACUUUUGCACCAUCAUCUCCAACAUUGCGUACUCUGUCGGGCUGGUGCUGCUGUCGGUGAUCGUGUACUACGAACGUGACUGGCGCUCCCUGUCGAUCGCCGUUUCCCUCCCGCUGUUGGUUCUGUUUCUCUUCUACACACUGAUCCCGGAGUCACCGCGCUGGCUUGCCGCCCGUGGCAAGUACAGCCAGGCACAGCGGAUUCUUCUCAAAAUGGCCAGGGUGAAUGGAAAAACGAUCGACGACGGCUAUCGGAAGCUGCUGGACGAGCGUAUCAAGGCACUGUCGCUGGAAGAUGCUCCGGAACAUCCGGCCACAGACGAGACGGCAAACUCGCACGCGCACGAAAUAGGGCUGCGGCAUCUUUUCGACAAGCCGCAGAUGCGCCGCAAGACCACGUUCGUAGCGUUCAUCUGGCUGACCAACACGAGCGUUUACGUGGGCCUGAGCUACUAUGCGCCAGCGCUUGGGGGAGACGAGAUCUUUAACUUCUUCCUGGCCGGGCUGGUAGAGCUGCCGACGUACAUUGUGCUGUGGCCCAGCCUGAACCUGUUCGGGCGCCGGGGUGUACUGUUUACCACGAUGGUGAUCGGUGGGCUGGCCUGUGCAUUCACGAUCAUUCCGCAAGGUCGCACCACCACGCUCAUACUGUACUGCAUCGGCAAAAUGGGUGUUUCGUCCGCGUUCGUCGUCGUUCCGCUGACCGCAUCGGAAAUCUAUCCAACCGUGAUACGCGGGCUGGGAAUGAGCUUCUGUUCUGUCGUCGGCAUGCUCGGCCCGAUCGUCAUACCGCUGAUGAACUACACGGGCAAGGAAAACGUGGCCAUUCCGUUGGUCAUAAUGGGUCUCGCGCUGACGGCCGGCGGUAUAGCGAGUUUGUUCCUGCCGGAGACGAAAAACAUGCCACUGCCCCAGACGCUGGCCGAUGGGGAAAAGAUCACACUGACCAACCCGUUUCAGGUUCCGUUCUACAGCAGGAAACGAACGCACCCGGUGAAACAGUAGCAGUAACCGCGCGCGCAGCAGUAGUGUUCGGAAAAGUCCCACGCGCAACGUACAGGGCGUUAUGCGCGUGGGGCACUAAAGCGUUGGAUGUUUCAUUUACAGUAAGAGUUGGUUUUAUUGUUAAAAAAAACGCAGGAAAAUGUACACACUUCAUUGCAAUGCGCAAGAUGUGUGAGUGUGUAUGUUGUACGUUAUUCGCUAAAUGUUUGUCUGCUUGAUUAUCAAUAACUAUUGCACGCUCGCCGAUUUGCUGUAGCAGCUAGCUCUGUUUCCACUUUAGUUGGUAAGUUAUUAGAAUCAUGUUCCAUAUAUCUUCUAUUGUCAAACGAUGGCUGCACACCACACACGCACGCAUACAUAAUUGUUUUCUCAAAAAUACUACACACCGAUUGGACUCGUUGGUUUUUUGGUUUCACUGGGUUUGCUCUGUUAGCGUUUCUCCAAUUCUAUUUGAUUUUAUUUUUAAUCUUCUUCUUAUAGAUUCGUUUCUUAAAUAGUGUUUUCAUCUCCGUUAUCCAGUAUUUAUGUUAUCAGGGAAAACAUUAUAUAAAACAUUAUACUGUUCUGUGUAGGUGUAUCGAUGGAUAAUAUAAUAUGAUUUUUUUUAAAUAUUGGACUGGUUUGGUAUUUGUUUUUGCAACUGUAAGUAACGCUUGUAAAGAUAUUCUUAUCCGCAAAGCCAUUCACAGGAGAGCCCGCCCGCCCUCUCCAAGCAUAUUCGUAUGGAGAAUUCGAACGAACGAACGAUGGUUUCAUGGGUAAAUAAAUAGAUCAUCACCAUUAUUACAUGGAGCAGCUAGCAACAUUACACACACACACUGAAGCAUCUGCACGCUGUAUAGAUAAAGGUUUGGUUUGCUGCUGCAGUGACAUUUGGUGGUGUACAACAAUAUUUGGUAGUUAUUAUCAUUAGUACGAGGGGGUACAUUUCAAAAGGGCACAUGCUUAAAAUAUAUAUUUGCCUUACACCGGAACACAGCUCCUAGCGGUACGAAAUCUGAAAACAUCGUUUGUAUGUAUGUUAGCCUCACUGGUAUCAUCUUUUUUGGAUCUCGUUUCUACAAGCCCUUAUCACAAACAUUGCGCCUCGGAAAAAAGUCGUAUGAAUCACCACGUACUGGUUAAGUUCGCGUUUUCUUCUUCAGACACCAACAAAAAAACAAUCUGAUAACAUGCGUUUGAUAACAGUACAAGCAACGCUAGCAAUGGUAAAGAGGAAACAAAAUUCCGUACGCAAUUCGACACUGGAUUCUAUUCAGCGUGUUUCUUAUAGCUGUCGUAUAUUUUUGUUAAGUUUCUGCUUGUUUCUUAGUUCAUCAAUUAUUCCACCACCGUAUUUAUAUGCUGUAUGCGUGAAGGUGCAAUAAUGCGAGUCCAAAUGCGGGCUCACCCCUUCUAACAAGGCUUCAAAACAAAAACAAAAAAUGUAACGUUUGAAUCACUCCCAGACGUUCCAUCGUAACCUCACAACACAAAGCAAGAUAAGCCUCACGGCAUUCGUAUGACACGGUGCAAAAACUGUCAACGCUUAUCGUUUAGGGGGAAAGCUUAAGUAGCAUUAUUCCGGGUGCGACUUUAUACGGUGAUGAAAUUUAUAUGCAGGGCAGAUUAUAUUCCACCUUCAAGCGGCAAAUUAUUCUUACCGAAUGCAAUCAAAAGAAGAAGAAAAAAAAUAACGAAAGAUGUUGAAAAAGAAAGAAUUGAGAACCUUUUAAAUUCAGUCAUAAAUUCAAAGGGUUCUCACACAUGUUAAUGGAUGAGCGUAAGCAGAGAUUCGUACGCGCAUCUUGUGUUUGCAUAGCAGCUUAGCUCAAACGGUAAUUAGAAACACCUAGAGUGAGGGGGGAAAUUAUUCCACGCACACAAACACACAUAUGGCAUAGUGGGUUAUCAAUCUAACAACGCUGCAUUAGAAAUCCAAUAUUAUCCGAUAAAAGCUGACCCGAAACAAAAGCAAGGAUGCAGCUCCAAUUCGUACCACAAUUCAAUUCGUUUGGAAUGAACGCUUGAUAGUCAACGAAAGAGUUAAUGAAACUAACAAAACAAAAAAAAAAA